UCAGCUGUGUCCAAUCACAGCUGAUCACAUCACUGAUGAUCAGUGUGCCCCAACAGUGCCAUGAUCAGUGUCCACAUCAAUACCCCAACAGUGCCUACCAGUGCCACAUCAAUACCACAUAUCAGUGCCUACCAGUGCACAUCAAUGCCACAUAUCAGUGCCCAUCUGAGCUGCCUUUCAUUGCCAGUCAGUGUCACCUAUCAAUGCCUAACAGUGCCAGUCAGUGCCCUAUCAGUGCCAUAUAUCAAUGCUGCCUUUCAGUGCCCAUAAGUGAUCCCUGUCAAUGCCCAUCAGUG